CGUGCACCUAAUAUGGAGAAGUUAAAAUAUAGUUUACUAUUUUCAUAAUAGAUAAAAAGAUUAAGUAACGAUUAUAGUUAUUCAUAGUUAAAAAAAAAAUGUUUCACUCAAGUAAAUAUAACUUACGUUACAUAGAUUUAUGAAGUGAAGAAAUAUGUAACUGGGGAAUGUAUAGAAGGAGAUACGUAAUAUGCCCCACUGCUGUAAAAUACUAACGUAGAGGGGGACAAAGCCGCAUGAGGGGCCCCACCCGUGAAUAUCACAUCGUUAUGAUCGUCAGUCGUCAAUAUACUCUAUAAAUUGUUCUAUCAACGAUUAUUGUACGCAUUUCUAACUGUCAUAUUGUAUUCUAAGUAUACAUAUUAGUUAUAUACAAAUUAUGGCUAGUUCAAUUAGUAGCUCCAAUAAUGUCUAUAAUUUCAAAGUUGUGUUGCUCGGCGAAGGAUGUGUUGGAAAAACUUCUGUUGCAUUACGAUAUGUUGAAAAUAAAUUUAACGAUAGACAUAUCAGCACAUUGCAGGCUUCCUUUUUAAAUAAAAAAUUGACUAUACAUGAAAAGAAAGUAAACUUGGCAAUAUGGGAUACUGCUGGUCAAGAAAAAUUUCAUGCAUUGGGACCAAUUUAUUACAGAAUGUCAAAUGGUGCCAUUAUAGUUUAUGAUGUUACUGAUUACGAUACAUUUUUAAGGGUAAUAAAUUGGGUUACAGAACUUAGGAAAAUGUUAGGCAGUGGAAUUUGUUUAGCAAUAGCUGGAAAUAAAAUAGAUCUUGAAAAGGAUAGACGUGUUUAUAUCGAAGAAGCAGAAGAGUUUGCUAAUAAAGCAGGAGCUAUGCACUUUCAUAUUUCUGCCAAAUUAAAUGAAAAUAUUGAAGAAAUGUUUUUUCAAUUAACAGUACGAAUGAUAGAACAUGCAGAUUUAAUGGAACAAAAAUCUACAUUAUCAAGAACAAGUAGUAUACGUCGUAAUGUUGUCGUGGUUGAAGAUGAAAGUGAAGAAACUGAACCAAUUAAAAGUUCUUGUUGUGGUGGUUCUUCACAUACAUCUUAACUUGAGAUAUCUAUUAAAAUUGGUUUUAAUUUUGAACAAGCCAUAUAUAGAAAUGUGUGUAUAUAUAUAAUAUGUAUGUGUAUGUGUGUGUGUGUGUGUAUAUGUACAUAUAUAUAUACAUAUACAUAUACAUAUUAAGCAACAUAUAUCAUAAAAUUUUUAAUAUUUUAUUUUUUAAGGAAUAAAAUAUAAUAUAAGAAAAAAAUUGCUAAGCCUAAGUAAUUUAACUGAGUAAGGUAAGAAAUACUGAUUAUAUUUUGGGAGUUAAUUUUUAUGUAUUUCAAUAUUUAAUUACAUUGAUAGAACCUCAGUUGAUUCAUAAACCAAAUAUCUUGUUAUUCAUAUAUGUCAUAUAUGCUAGAAGACAUCACAAUUAUUAGAUAUAUGUAUUUCAUAUAAAUGUAUAUAUAUUUAAAUACUAUUAUGUUUUAAUAAAAAGGUUAAUUAAUAUA